CCCCUCCGCAUACUUAUGUGAUUGGGUUAUGUAGUCAACCUGUUAUGUGAAACAUGUCCUGUUACCAGCAUUGAACCCUUUUCUAAUAGCUUACAAUUCUGCAGCUAGCCAUGAAUAACCUGAAGAUCAUACUCGCAUUUUCCAAUAACACGCUGAGGAUAAUUGGUACUAAUAAUCACAGCCUUGUUCCAAAGAGAUCUUUGUUUUCAUCUCGACAAACAUUGCCGACCCGUGGAAUUGUAUUUAGAGGGAAGGUUUUGAAUGUGACCCGUCAAUCCAGCUCCACUGCUACUCAAGCAGAGAAAGGGGAGGAUUCUUUCCUAAAGUGGUUCUUGCUACUGAUACCCAUCACCACUUUUGGCCUUGGCUCAUGGCAGGUGAUGCGCAGACAGUGGAAACUGAAGCUCAUCGAGGAGCUAAGGAGUUUAACCACAGCUGAGCCAAUCCCCCUGCCCACUGAUCCCAUGGAGUUAAAAACCCUAGAGUACAGGCGUGUGAGAGUGCGAGGGAGAUUCGACCAUUCCCAGGAGCUCUACACCCUGCCCCGGUCUCCUGUCGACCCAGAGAAAGAAGCACGAGAGGCUGGCCAGCUCUCAUCUAGUGGGGAGAGCGGUGCCAACAUCAUCACUCCAUUCUACUGCACAGACCUGGGAGUCAAAAUUCUGGUCAACCGAGGAUAUGUACCCAAAAGGAAGCUCAGACCAGAGACCAGGAUGAAGGGACAGGUGGAGGAGGAAGUGGAUGUUGUUGGAGUGGUACGACUGAGCGAACAGCGCAAACCAUUCAUUCCCCAAAACAACGUGGAGGCAAACCGCUGGUACUUUCGGGACGUGGAUGCUAUGGCAACGGUCACAGGAGCUGAACCUAUCUACAUUGAUGCUGUCCUAGAGAGUACAAUCCCAGGAGGUCCGAUUGGUGGGCAAACUCGGGUCACUUUAAGAAAUGAGCAUAUGCAGUAUGUCGUCACAUGGUACAGCUUAUGUGGAGCAACAUCCUACAUGUGGUACCUUAAAUUCAUCAAGCGUGUUGCCUUCUAAAUGUUGCACAGGUUUGUGUGGUAGCUUGCUGAUGUAUGAUGUAAAUAUUGUUUGAGGUGGAUAUACAGAUAGCUUCAAUAAAGACAAAAUUAAUUAAGGUAUUGGUCUCACUCCAGGACACUGAGAUGCAGCUUUGACCUAUCCAGGCACAGCAAUGAAAUGUGUGACUUGAUUAAGUAUUCCAAAUAAAUGUAACUAUUGUAAAA